AUGUGCCUCCUUCAACAACUUCCAACUCAGGAGCGAAUCUAUGCGUCCAUUGAUUCAAUAACGGAUCCAACGCAAGUAAUGGUUUACCCAACAGAAUUUUUAAACUCCCAAGAACUGUUGGGAAUGCCACCUCACAAACUCUGCCUCAGACUUGGAGGUUUAAUUAUUCUGCUGAGAAACUUGGAACCUCCUCGGCUUUGCAAUGGCACCCGAUUGGUUGUAACUCAAUUGUUGGAUGACGUUAUCGAGGCUAAAAUCAUAACAGGUCAAGGGGUUGGUGACAUUGUUUUCAUUUCCCGAAUACCACUAAUUCCAAUUGACUGUGUAUUCCCAAUGAAAAGGGUACAGUUCCCCGUACGUCUAAGCUUUGUCAUGACCAUCAACAAAGCCCAGGGGCAGUCACUCAAAGUGGUUGGGCUGGACCUCAGCACUCCAUGUUUUUCACACAGGCAGCUGUAUGUAGGCUGUUCCAGAGCUGGAAACUCGGCCAAUCUAUUUUACUACGCUCCCAGAGGAUUGACAACGAAUGUGAUUUACAAGGCAGCCCUCCAAUAG